AUGGCGGCGAGGAGAUGCCCAUGCUCCUCUCUCCGCCGCCCCAAAGCCCGAGCAUUAUCGUCUUCGUCAUCCUCCCUCUUCUACAUUCAUCAAGCUACGCCCUUAAUCUCUAAUACCGCCCUCUUCCUCUCCGCACUCGACUCCAUCCGUAAGCGCCCCAGGCUCGCCCUUCGCUUCUUCCGCUGGGCUGAGCUUCAGCCGGGGUUCCCCCGCUGCGAGAUGGCCUUCGUUGGCGUUCUUGAGAUUCUCGCCGACAGCGAUCUCACCCGCGCGGCGUACGCUGUGAUGGAGAGAGUUCUGGCAUUGGGCUUGCAUGGAAUUCUUGAUCUUUUGAUCCAAGGGCGGUUUAUACCCGGCACUCGAUGGCAGAGCGCUCGCUUUCCACUUUUUACAGGAUGGUGCGCAGUGGGUUCUUCCUCGGAUGUUAAGAACUGCAACAGGGAGGACAAUGCUCAAGAUGCUUUGGAACUCUUGGGGAAGAUGCUUAACAAGGGUUUCUCUUUCAAUGAUGUCACUUACAACGUUCUGAUCAAUGCGACAAGGAUAGUUGGUGAAUUGCAGCUUGGGUCAGCCUCUGAAGCUUUCAAACUAGGAGAAGAAAUGAUUGCAAGAGGCAUUACUCCAGAUACAGUGAGUUAUAAUGUUCAAAUUGAUGGGCUAUGCAAGAUGGGUAAUAUUGACGAGGCUUAUAACUUGUUGCUGAAGAUGGUUAAAGAUGGGAAGAGAGGUUUGUCUCCUAAUAAAUAUACAUACACUUUGCUUAUUAAUGAGCACUGCAAUAGGGAGAUUGGAAAUGAAGCUCUUAGAUUAUAUGGUGAGAUGCAUGAGAAAGGCGUUCAACCUGAUUCUUGUGCUCAGUCAGUGUUGUCUCAAACGAUCGGUGAAGAACACAAGGAUCAUGCUAUUAGUUACUUAGAAAAUCUCCACCAGUUAUUUGCACAGAUAUCGACAGUGGAGGCAUAUACAAUUGCUGUUCCUUUUUGCUUUCCUGCAGAAGAUUGUCUUGCACAAGUAAUCUUUUCGCCACUUACUGGAAUAACUGAACAGGCAUGUAUCGAGGGACUGAUCAAUUUACAUGAAGCAGGCCCCACCAUUAGGCAUUAG